GCGGUAGGUGGCGCGGCUAAGCGCCGAGCUCCGUGUGAAGAGAAGUAGACGAGCUUAUUCUGUGUUUUUCGUCUCACACAUCUUUCAUUUUGAUUUUCUCCUCGGUUUUGGUUUUGUAGAGGAUACACUUGCUUCAGAAGAUGGUUCGAACACAAUAUGGACCACCACGCUUGAAGCCCAGAUCCUAUGGAGAUGGCCGUAAUGAAGGACGUUACAGCCCUAGCUCCAAGAGCAGAAGAGAUGGCCAAGACUACUCAUCAAAGCCCCCUCCGAGCUGGAGGGAUUCCAGAGGUAGGGGUAGAGGACGAGGACGACCACCAGUUGGUCGAAGAACUCAUGAAAUGGGAGAGCAACGAGAGCCUCGUUUUAAUCACUGGAGGUCUUCGGGUCAGGAUUCCUUCCAUUCCCACCAUACCAAAAUGCAACCACAUCCUAGGUCCCCAUCCAGGCUGAACCGCUCCCCUCAAGUCCAGCAUCGUUCAUCUCCUCACAGUUCUGCACACGGACACCAGAGUCAAAGGGGCCCAUCUUUCCAUGGGCCCCCGUCAGGUCACAGAUUAUCGUCCCCGAGACAUUUCCACGGCCACCCAGCUGACAGGAGGCCAGGCUCUAGGCCACCCUACCAGGGAUCUUUCAGGGGUUCCAAGAGGCAGCCAGGCUUUCCUCCCGAGCGGAGUCGAGACCCCCACCCAAGAGGAAGACCCUAUGAACAGUCAGGCCAUGGCAUGAAGCGCUGGAACGAGUCUGGAUCAUUCUCUUUCUCACACAAUGGAGAGCAUCGCCCCUCUGGGUCACAGAGAAGCCCCAGGGAGAUGCAUGGGAGAGGGUCAUGUCCAGAGAGGUGGUCAUCUGAACAAGACUCCAGGCGGCAGCGUGGUCCUGUGGAGAGGCAGAGCAACAGACCCCCCAGUCGAGAGAGGGCACAAGGUGUCCCUCAGCUACCCCCUUACAGAUCCCCCUCAUGGAAAGGAGGCCCCUCAACCUCCUACAACAGGAGCUUUCAGGAGAGGCAAGAGACAGGGCCUCGCAAGAGGAGGAUAUCAAGCAUCAGCAUGUCUUCUUCAGGUCCUGAACUGCCGUAUGGCAACUCUAAGUACCCCAGGAGAGAGAGGCCUCAGCUGAUGAGUCUUCCCAGGCCAUUUGGUGGUCCGCCUUUUUCUUUUAGGGGCAAAAGUUACCUAAUGAGGAGCAGGCCAUUUAGAGCAGAGUCUCUCAUGAGGCUCAGAAUGCCUCCUGCUGGGAGACCCAGGCCUCGCUUGGGCGAUGGAGCCAUACGAGGAUACGCCAGCUCUGUUUUUGCAAUGAGGAAGAGGCGUUUCCAGCCAAGGCCAGUUCCUCUGAAGGACACAGAACCAAGAAAGCCCAAACCUGAAACAUCACCCUCCAGAGAGGAAGACAGAGCCAGCAAGUCCUCAGUAGAAUCUGACACAGGAAAAGAACAGGUGGAGUCUCGUCGCUCCUUGAACAAACACAGGUCUUCACCCAUUGAGAAACGGGAUCUUGUGGUUUUGUCCCACUGGCCUCCUGGACCGAGGUCCUCCACCAAAGACUCCACACCUCCAAAAGGCUCCAGCCCAAAGUCAAAGACUGACCGCAGUUCAGAUGGAGAGUCCUCAUCAAAUAGGCGACUAUCAACUGAAUCCAGAUCUCCUGAAGACAGAAGACAUUACUUGGAUAAGAGGGUGUUUAGACCACCUAAUGUUGCACAUGACAGCAGAUCCCCGAGACCUUUCAGGAGGCCACCGCCCAUGCAAAGACAACGGUUUCCUGGGGGUCCAAGGAAUUCUGGACCGACGCCGCCCGGGCCUGUUAGAAGACCUCUCAUGGAGACUUUUGUGCCGCGUCCUUUUCCAAAUCAGAGACCAGCAUUCAGGAAAAGCUACUGCAUCGUGUCCAAAUAUCGCAACAUGAGAGUGAUGCGCCAGCGCCCUCCCUACAGCCGAGGACCCAACCAGCAACGCUAGUGUCAUCACCUGGUUCCAGAUUCUGUGAGCUGAGAAAUCCUGCAAAGUUUUUUAUCCUGGUCUCUGUGGGGCAGCUUCGCUUCAACCCAACCCGCUAGUGUGUCGUCGGUGUUGUUGCUAAUAUGUGAUCUUUACAAGUUUGACUGUUUUAUUUCCAUCACCGCUGUACUUAGUUUUAGGACAUUUGUAACAUACAGUGCUCUUUGGUUUCUUUAGCGCUCGUUGCUUUCAAAGUUGGGAGUCCUAAUUUGAUGUAGUUGGUUCUAGCUAGUCUGUUUUUCUUUAUACAGCAUACACUUUAUUAUGUGACUUUAAAUCAUGUAAUCACCUUAGUUUCAUGUUAUAAAUAAAACUGAAUGUCAAAUGUGGAUUUUAUUUUAAAAUGUGAACUAAUGUCACCAAAUGUAAAAUGUUUUUUUUUUCUCAGAACAAUGAUUUACUUUCAGGUCAAACUACAAACCAGAAUAUUAAAAAUCCAUCUGUGCAGCUAA